AUGCAUGAGCUGCCGUACGGCACCGAGCUGCAGGAGGAGGCGUUCGGUGCAGAGGCAGGGGACGACGGGUCAUCGCAACCUCUUCAUGACCCGCAGCUAAGUAUCCCCUCGCCCUUCGGCCAGAAGCCAAGUGAUGUAGAGUGCGUGCCCUUGACGUACAAGGAUGUCCUUAACUCCAAGUACAAGGUGCUGUGGGAAGCAGCCAUAGCAAAGGAGUUCGACGGCCACAAGAAGACGGGGACGUUCUCCGAGAUUAGCGGUCUGCCCGAGGGGCGUAAGGCCAUCAGUACGAAGUGGAUUUUCUCACACAAGACCAAUGAGAAGGGGCUAAUUGUCGACUUCAAAGCACGUAUGGUUGCGCGUGGUUUUUUCUCAGAUUCCCGGUGUGGAAUUUCACCACUCAUCAUCCGCAUGCCCUUCCGCGGUGUCCAUCAAAACUAUGGUGGCCGUAUCCACCGAGAAUGGUAG